AUGAUGCAGAGGGUCUUCAAGCCGCGAUUAGAAAGUGACACAGACUUCAUCAUCAAGUACAAGGACGAAGGUAAGAUCUGCUUUUAAAACAGCUUUUUUUAAAGACAAUGAAUUCGUCACGAUCGCCGAUGAGUCGGAUUUGUCGUAUGCCAUCCAGCAAUGUCAGGAUGUUCUCCGUCUUCAAAUUAUUGGUGAGGACCAUUAGAUUUCUAUUACUUUCAAAGUGUCGCUUUCUGACAUUUUACCCAAUGGGAUCUCAAAAAUUACCAAGCUUCCACCCCAUUUUUUGCAUGUUUAAUGUCUAGUGCUUUGCUACCAAAAGUGAGGGAUAGUAAUAGUUUCUUGUCUCGAUCUGCCACCAAAAAUCAGAACAUGGUUGUCUCCAUUAGGGGCUUGAUUAUCAGAAUGUACACAAAGAUAGUGGGCUGUGACACAUUCCGUACUGUUUAUUCUGUUUUACAUUUAUAAAACUAGCCCUUGUCCGUUAGCAUUAUGAUUGUCGCGUUGACCAUAGACCUCGUCGAAAUAUCUGGUCCAUAUGCAGUCCUUCAGGCCGCACACUCCCUCAUUUCAUUCGGUUCUCUUUUCCUACAAGCCAGUCCUGUUUGGCCAUUGUUAGUCUUUGGGCUACAAAUGGGGUAUGAGAUAACACUCGGAUUUGCAAAACUGUUAAGUCACGAGCAAGCAGAGUCUCCUUCAGUGUUCGAAGUAGUAUGUUAGCCUAUGAAUUUCCGCCAGCACUAUCUGACUAGAAAGUGUAAAUCGUAACGAAAGUCAGGAAGACAGGCCUGUGAACACUUAGUGAGCAAUGUAGGCAGCAUUUGGUUACGAAACCUGUGAAGUCAGCAUAUUCACUAUAGAAGACAGUACUUAGUUUUCAUCAAAGUACCAAUUCCACGUGCGCCUUAUUGGUCUCAUUUCCAUUAGUAAAAGACUGCACAUUCGAUAGUUGGGUUCUGCCCACAACUUUACUUAGCAACACAGUGUGUGCAACAUUCUUGGCUGUCACUUGUGUACGCGUCGAUCGCCAACCACCAAAGUUUAAAGUCUAUCACAAAGUGGGAAAUUGCGAUCUUUCCAUAAAUUUUCAGCGCGAGUAAAACAAGUAACAAUAGACGCCUUGUUAGAUGGAUAUGCUUACUGGAACGGGAGGACAAUUCUCGCACUUGAGACGCAGAUUUACACCAUGUCACUGUUGGCACAGUUUAAAGGUGGUUUUCAUGCCGAGGUGCGCUUGCUAUAUCACGGCUGGCGCAACAGUCAGGUGUCGGGAACCUAGGAAUAUUUUCACCCCUUCCGUUAGAAUGACGUUGAUAACUCCACUCUGUGACGUCGCAACCACUGAGUCACUAGGCUAAGGCUUCGCUUAUGCGCUGGAAGCCAGUGGUAACGGCGAUUGUACUUCUUUACAAACCUUUGUGCUAUUUUUUUCCAGUGUUGCCAUUGUUGCUGUGUACGCCCCAACACUAAAUGCUGGUGGAAUGCAUAUACAGACAUACUUCGGACAACGGCCAACACAAUUUGCACGGAUGACCUUACUGUAGGCAAUGGGUUUGUUUGGAAAGUGUUAUGCGUCAACGAACUGAAUGCUGAGCAGCCACACAAUAGAAACUUCCUGUGCAAAUGAUUAAUUGACCUGUACUAAACCGUAUAUUCAUCAAAAACGCCUGUAGCUAAACUCAUGACCAGGCUUUAAAUUCGAUCGGUAAUGCACUUGUCCGCACUAUUCAUGGUGCCGACUGAUGGAAAGUGCGGCUCUGGAUAUGCCUCUGAGGAUGCUCGGCUGCUGCUAAGACGUUAGGUCGAAGAGACUUGGCUUGCGAAAAAUGCAGCACCUCACACUUAAGAGCACAUGCUAGUUAAAUGCUCUGCUUCACUUGCGCAUAGGUUGCUGUCGCGGGAGCAGCAGUAGACACCGUUUGCGAUGACUGAACUAUCGUGUUAGCGGGUCACCUAAAUUACUUUGACCGAUUCAAACGUAUUGCAAUAGAGCAAGAUCCGUAUUCUGGGUUAUUGGUGGAGAGUGACUUGUGCAUUAGGAUAUACUUGCCCGAUCAAAGUAGACGAAUAAACUCCUUGGUUAGUAGGCAGUCUCUGUUACUUUUUUUCGGAAUGUUGGUCAACUAGGAAACCUAGAGGGGAAAUCGACCAUCGCAUCACCCAGACAUGAUAUUUCGGGAAUUUUCCGAAACCCCUGCAAUCGAAAGUAUGUGAGACAUGCCCAUACGCUCAAAAAAGUACGCUAAUUGGAAGCAUCAGCCUAAUGAUGCUUUGGUCGGUUAUCCAAAUCUGUCUCUGCCCACGUCUCCAACAAACUCCUGCAUAGUCUCUCGGAAUCUCAGCCUGUCACCAUUGUUCUCCAUGCUUGCCAGCCGAAUGGCUCUGAUAUGUGUUGCGCCAACGUGAGAGGGAAAUCGUCUGGGAUAUCACGUUAACAGAGCUAAGCUCUAUUGGCGCCGGCGUCGAAAUGACUAACUGAAGACCCAGGUGGUUGAUAUAAAAGUUGAUCACGAUCGUGCGGUCUGUGGGACUGGCCCGCCAACUGCCUCAACUUCGCUCAAGACUGUCUCUGACCGAUGCAGUUGGGGAUUGCCAUUCGUGAUGAACCUACAGUUUAGAGUCCGCUAAGUCGGUCGUCGCAGUUCCCGUCAAAGCUUCAACCAACUUUAUCUAAGAAUAGAGCAUAGGCCGUAUAAGAAACAAAAGAGCGAUUCGUUCUGCCCCGACCCUCAGGAACAGAUUUUUUGGGUUUUGCCGAAACGACUUUAUUUUUUGGAUUAUUCGUCUGCCCAUCGAAUCCUCUACUGCAUGUCCGCCUAACUAUAUGUAAAACCGUUACUCACGUGUUUGUUACUAUUCUAACAAGUUAAAGUCGACUUAGUCUUUAUUACCCCUAAUGUUGAUAUUGCCUUUUGAAGUUAAGAAUUCCGCCGAAGAUAGCACGAACGCGGUCACAUCUGGAUCCCAGUCGGUAAAUGCGGCCCAGCUCGACACCUGUGACCGACGUUCCGUCAUCUCCGAACUGCGGCGUCUUCGCGACCAUGUAAACAGCUUGGUCGACAAAUUGGACAAUUUUGUAGUGAAUUCAGAAGUAAAGUUGGAUUCCAGACAGGACAAUGGUAUAGCAGUAACUGAGGUAGGCAUUUUCGUUCUCGUCUCCAUCUCACAGUCCGCUUUUGCGGAUACCUUAAAAUUACGUAUUUACACCACUUUCAAAAGCAGCCACCUUUUUCAACAAAGGUCAUAUAAGUAAUUUUACGUGAGGAUUCGAGGUCCAGAUAUCUUUUUGUGUUCAUCAUCCCCCACAGAAGAGGAGACAAACUCAUUAACUGAAUUAUAUUUGUGUCGCCGUUUCAGGAACUUCCCUGUUUCGAUCACCACCGUAGUGUACUCCCUGUUUCUGCCUUUCCAGCAGGAACCGUGGGGGGGGGCACUGUACACCAUAUUACAACCGUGCUCCGUGCACGCACUUUUAGCUGCCCGUUUGCUUUGUCACCUCCUACGUUCAGCACCGGCCGGCCCUCGUGACCUUUGUCCCCCUUGUGGUCGUCAUAGUUGUAGCCAAAUCAACGUGAUUUUCGGCCUCCCACUCGUUAGCCAGCGCACGGAUCAAUCGUUGAUGCUUAUUGGUUGUUCUUGGCCUCACGAGCGUGCCGGUGAGGCAGUUCCGCACUGGUCACGUGACCUCCGACCGGCCCCUUUUUCGUGGACCUCAGCUGUCGGCUCCGCAUGACUUUGCUCGCGUUUUCUGUUGACCCUGUCCGAACUUAUUCGAGCCUUGUGUGUUCCUCCUGCUAAACGGGAUGCAAAUAUAUGGCUCAAGCGUGCCAAUCGAGGACCAACUUCCUAGCAUUAGUCUGCCUAUGUUAUUGGCUCGGCCGAUCACCCUUUUUCUCAUGAGCGAGACCGUGGUUUCACUGUUGUAUGUUCCACCCAUAAACUCGCCUUCGUCGAGUGAUGGACGCGACAUCUGUUUAUUAUGUGGGACUGACUAUCAUCUGACUUUUAUUUAAUUUCGUACUGUCCGGCCCUACUUACCCGUUUCUGUUGACAUUGUCCUGCUCUCGGAACUUUCUAGACAUUUGAAGAAAUAUCUAUUUUCCCUUGGCACUUAUUUGCGGAUACCUAUCAUUUGCGACCCAUCAGUCUCCUUAGCCUUUCAUGGUCAUUCCUGCUUCGACAUUUUAAAAGGAUAAUCUCUCUAAAUCAGUUCCUUUAAAGCCAGUGUUCACGCCUGUCGAAUCAUGAGCCACUGGCAUUGGCUGGUAUGGUACGGCACCAACGUAGUUUUUUCCUCUCGUUGCCAACGCAUCCAUCCCGUAACCUUUACCUUUAGGCUGAAACUGUCGGGAAAAGUCCUGAGUUCGAUCCUCUGUCUGCCUCCGGCCACCAGCAUUCGGUGUUAGCCACUGCGAAGACGUCUGUUGCAGGCGAUGAAGUUGACCCUCACGUAAUUCCCCCCCCCCCCUCCAUUCAUAGUUCUUCCUUUUUAUUUCAUCCUUUAGGAUGUUCUCCUAAAGCCACAUCCCACCCCCAUUAUCUUCGAUUACCGUAGAUAUCCAUAUGCUUCUAGACGCCUUAAAGCGACCGUUUUAUUAGACUGCUGUCAUUGCUGUGAGAACUAGCCUUUCUGCAAUCCCGUAAACUUUAUUCUUCCUCUUAUAUGUGAAUGUUUAAGUAGUUAAUAAAUGGCUCCCCUAGGCACAUCACGAGUAUAAAUCGCCGGUUGCGAACAUACGCGUAUGCGCAAGUUGACAACAGUACAACUCACUAAUUUUACGACCAUUACCACCAUCGCAUGUUCUUUGUGUAGCGUUUAAACUGUUAUUCUGCUUACUUGUACCGGGUAUCAGUAUCAGUAUCAGUAUAUUUCAGGGAAAGUAGGUGUGUAGGUGUGUCCCUAUUGGUUGCAUGCCCCACACUUGCACUGCAGCCGACAGAUGACUUCUCAUUUGGAAUGAAACUUUUGAGUUCAACACUUGAUAGCAGUGUACUGAGUUAUCCGGUGAACCCUGUUACCGCUUCUCGUACUCUUUAUGUACGGAACACUGUCACAGUAUAAGCUGUUAUGCCUUCUUGACGCCGUUUUGGAAGUUUUCAGUCUUUCUCGAUGAACGUUCGAGGGUUCCCAUUUCUUCCAAACAUGUGUCGGAAAUUGUUAAUUUCUACACUCUUGCCAGCUGGCGUACUUUAGUGAGUUCCCACUCACCUCAAAGACUGGCGAUCAAGUCAUUCUCAGUGUACCACCUACAGCAGACUUGUAGAGAACGUAACUGUGUCGGGGAAACAGACUGCAAACUGCAGACAAGGAAAGGUUGGACUCGACAUCGUGUGGAGCAUUUCACGCUACCAAACCGGCCACGAGUUUAACUGCGACGUAGUUGAGCUCGUGAUUCGAAAGGAUAGCCACCCGCCAGGACAACUGCAUUAGGAUCUACCAGUCUUCCAUGAUGGGGACAGAAACCUGAUCAAUGUUCCCCAUCGAACACUUGUUCGUGUUCCAUCAAGCUACCUGUGGAUCCCCAUUAAUGCUGAUAUAAAUGCUGCACGAGAUUUCUACGAGGAACGCUACUAUAAGCGACUGCUGAGCUUUGCAGUGCAAAGCCUAGUAUGCCCCAGUGUGAAAACAUGUUUGGGUGUAUUCUACCCGAUAUCCAAUAAAUCUAUGCAGGUUUAUGACAUGACAAAGCUAUCUGACGACGCCUUUGGUUUUCCCAACCUGCCUAGUUCGGCGUCAUACCUUUGGUCAUAAUCCGGAGGACUUUUAGUAAAAGAAGUAAUAGUCUACACAAACCACGCCAGCAACUAAAUGCCGACAGAGCCACAAGUGUUAGAUCUUAGAAAGUCUAUCCUCGACUUGCUCUAGAGUGAACGGGCAACAGUGGCGCGACAAAACAUUAUUGCGCCAUCUUAAGGCAACCUGUGUGACGUGGAGGGUCUCCGCCUGCCACUUGUGGGACAUGCCGAAUCGCCUUAAGGGCUUCAUCACUCACGGUUUAUUCCUCGCCUUCAGAGGGAUCCUAUCUGCCGCUUCUGCAUGGCAGUUAUAUGAACCUGUCAUUCCUAAACCCUGAAGGAAAGCCGCCUAUGGAUUAAGUCCGCGGCUACAUCCGCGGGCUCACUCAUAAGAAGCGUUCUCUGGGAAACUUGCGCUUCGCGUUGCAGCAUCCAGUGAGACCCCUACACUACGCAUCCCUUGUUCACUGCUGCGAGUGGAUGGUAAUUGAGGCCCACCCGCCAGCCAGAAAUGCUGCCCAUUGAUUCUGGAUAGUUGAACGUGCGAACUUUUGGCGACCUUAGAUUUUCAGGCCUAAAGGUGAGCACUCUUCUCCAGUAUAACAUAAACAUGUGCCCCCGUUCUUGAACUAAGAUCGCCUUUUCGAACCCUGAGGACUAGGGGAUUUCUUGCCAAUAGAAGCGGAGAGACGAGUCCCAGGAAGCAGUUGUGAAGGGGACACGAUCGCUGAGAAGAGCUUUAUUCGCCUGACGUUUCGGAUUCCUGCCCGAACCCAGCAUUAGAGACAAUAGCAGAUACGGCUGGUUCAUGCACAGGGGGCUGCAGUAUUUAUAGGAUGCAGUUGCCAUACUACCGUACACCUCUGAAUAUUCACGGCUCCCCUCCCCCCUCCUUCAUCAGGGAUCGUUACAUUUGCUGUGAUGACUGUUUUAUGGCCGACAUUCGCGUCGUUAAUUGCUGCAAUUUCAUCACGUAUGGUGGAUGUUGGUGUAAUGAUUGCUCGACCAUCUAACUCACCGUCCAUGUCGUUGGAAGCAGUGCUCACCUGUGCAUCCCCCGCGUGACUAAUUACCCAGCCUAGGCGAAGUCUCAGCACCGAGUAUGGAAGGGUAAGGUCGUUGCACUUGUUGGUGAACGAUGACUUAAGCAGCUCGCGGCUCACACGGUUGUCACCUAUAGCGAGAAUUUAGGCCUCGUCGAAUUUGAAUGUGUGGCUGGGUAUCGUUGAAUGAGCCGCAACUUGAGAGUGGGCGUCAUUUCUCUGCACUGUUGCAGCGUGUUUGGCCAUUCGCGUUCGGAAUUGUCUUCCGAUUUCUCCGACGUAGUUGCUUUGUCCGCAACUGCACCUGAUCCCACAAACGACUCCAGACGUUUUUAGCCGUGGCAGCGGGCCUUUCGGUUUCAUUACCUUACGCCUGAUGGUUGCCUCCGGUCUGUGUGCAACUCUAACCCCAAGUGGUGCGAGAAGGCGACCGACAUAUCCCGAAACGUUCUUGACACGCGGAAGCACUCACCAAAAUUCUCGGUCCGGACGGUUUGGCCUUUCGUCCCUUUUGCGCGGGUAUCCGGCCAUCUUGUCUUCCGGCUCACUGCAGUGCGUUUCGACACGCCGAUAGAGCGUCCUUACACAAUGGGUUUGUGGCUGAUUGGGUGGUUCGUGUUGAAGUUCAGUACUUGCAUCGUACUUGCCGCUUUCCCGAACACUUUCGUCUUUUGGCCACCACAAUCUUUGCGGCAUACGAGGACAACCAGGAAGGCCAGCUGUUUGUUCUCUUCCCCCUCCAUCGUAAGUCGUAUCUAUGGGAAGAUCGCAUUCAAAUGUUCCUUGAAUGUCAGCAGUUUAUCUCGGUCGAUAACGACGAAAGUAUCAUCCACAUACCGGGUCCAGAACUUCGGUCUGUGGUGUUGGAAGACCAACGAUUUUAACCGUUGCUGGACCGCCCCGGCGAUGAAUCCCGAAAUUGGCGAACCCAUUAGUGUGCCCUUCACCGGCUCGUAGAUUGUCCCGUUGGGCGUGAAGUGCGUCCUAAGAUAGAACUUCAGAAGCUGAAGGACUUGGGCGCGUCCAAGAUGAUUCCCCGUUCCAUCAUAUUAUCUUUUUAGAAGCAGCUGGAUUGUCUCGAUCGCCAGAUCCUGGGGAAUAGAAGUAAAAAGUGGACGUAACAUCAAAAGAUGCCAUGACCUCAUUUGGAUGGAGGCUUAAUCCUUUGAGUUUCUCCAGGACUUGUGCUGACGAAGAGGCCGUGGUGUCUGACUCAGUGGUCAGGAAAUUGAUACGCCGGAACAGCCACUUAGCCAGUCCGUACGUUGGAAUCCCUUUGAGCGACGCGAUGAGUCGGAGAGGAGCGCCGUCUUUGUGCACCUUAGGGAGGCCAUAGAAUCGGGCCAAAGCCGUAUCUUGGGGUCUCGCCAUGCGUCUGUCGGUCGGUGUUAUUGCACAUGAGUUCUCCUAGGCCAACAACGUAGCAAUAAUUUCGCGUGUCAGCGCUUUUACAGGGUUCGUUGCACACGAGACAUAGAAUUGUCAGUCCCCCAGUAAACCUUUGGCUUUUUGAAGGUAGUCUGUCCUGUCCAGUACAACCGUGGAGCACCCCUUGUCCGCUGGCAUGAUGACUAGGUCUUUGUCGGCCGUGAGUUCUCCAAGCGCAUCACGUUCGACCUUGGAAAGCACUAACCGCGGCCUGUGGGCCAUUAGUGGACACGACACUUGGUGUUGGAUGAGGCUCUUAGUCUCCUCCGUUGCCUCCGUCUGACCAAGGGUUGAUUCCACCGUUGCAAUCAUGUUAACAGGUUUGGCGUCAGUCGUGUUGAAUGAAGCAUUGUGCCGUAACACCUACAUCUGAUCCUUCGUCAUCUCCUUUGAUGACGGAUUUUGCACCAGUGCCGUUUUCGGGCGAUGUUGGAUUGGGCAGCUUUCGGAACUUGUUCUCCAUUGCUGCGACGCGCACCACUCUGUUCGCGGGCUCGUUCAGCCACCCCCUGCAGGAGCAGAUUUUUACCGAUCUCGCCCAUGAACUCACAGCAUCUGGUCUUUUCUUGGUCAAUCCUUUGACGGUACUUGCGAAGUCUCGCGUGACAAUCUUGGAGGAGCACUCGGAUCAUCCUUCUGCCAUGUUGAAAUACUGCUCGUCUCGCCAAAUCCGUGUUCACCGGGGCUCUGAUGAUGGGUUCGACCUGGAAUUCAAAACGGCAGGCGAAUAAAGCUCUUGUCUCAGCGAUCGCGUCUCCCUCAUGGAUUUCUUGCUAUCAGACCUCGUUUUUUACCUAAGUUGGUAGUCCGUAGUCCUAUUUUGGGCCUUAUAUGUCCAUUGCCUUACCCCAGCGGCGGAUAAAGUUUUGCCUGACCGCCUCGCUGUAUGUAUAGGCCUCGAAAGCAUGCUGAUCCGUUGCUCUGGAUCAUAGUGACGGCUAGACUGGUUUACUAUAGACGUUUGAUAAAGACUUAUGAGACCUCAGCCACUGCGCGCAAUUUCAUCUCUAGCGAAUCCGAACUCGCCUUCGCAAUGUGACUUAUACCCACUCUUGUCAACGAGACCCCCAAAACCCUCUUUAGAGUCUCGAUUGUGUGCGUGUUCGGACCGGAUCGCGUGCGCCACGCCUAAACAUGAAUUUGCUCACGUGAACCACUGUACAUCUGCAGAUCUUCUGACCGUGUUUUGCCGUUUGAACACUGUGUGUGUGGAAAAAGGGAAUGAGGCAGGUACUCCACAUUCCUUCGUCAUUGCAGAUCAAGUAUCCGUGUGCACUCGUGACGGUGGAGGUUCUCAUCGAUCAUGGCAGACGAACCGUCUCACUAUCGACGUACAUCCGGCUGAGUGGACACUGCCACUAUUUCUGACAUUUGGCGCCCCUGUGCCGACAAAUUCAGUAGCCAUAUUUGUGGCUCGCAGGAUUGACGAUUGACGAACUUUUUCACCGUGAUCUGUCCAUCUCUCACAUUGGUACUUUGGUCAUCGCAGUAGUCCGAGUGCUCGAUGCAGUUGUAGUGAGGGACUUCUGAUUUUCACCAGCCGGAAUAGUCUGUCCGCUACAAAUGCAUUUUUUUCGCACCGCCACAGCCAUACUUUCCUAAAGAUGGACCCAUAUUCCGUCAGACCAUUUGAAAUCUAGUCAUCUCAGUGUAUAACAGCAGGUAAAUACUUUCUUCCGAAAUCAUCAGUGAUUUUGAGUCGGACGUUGCCGUCGUCCCCCAUUGCGACGAAGAGCUUACAUCCCCACAUCACACACGACGUUUCAACAUUGCAAAACAGAAAUCUGCCCUUGCUACUGCAAAGGGGAGCUUAGCUGAUCGUCACUAUCUAAGCGCACCGUCUCCGCAACUGACUUGCUCUCUUCGAGUAGGUUUGCUCAAGACCUCGCCGUUGCCUGUGUAUACAACUCGAAAUUGUCUUGUGACUCUAACUUCUCUGAGUGGGAGACGUGUGGAAUACUGAGGAUGCGUAACAAAGCGUCUGGGAACGACUACUCCCUCUAUAACUCUUUCCUCAAGCCUUACAUCUGGAGACUGGGACACUUGCCGUAAUCCUUCCCACCAACUGCGUCAUCUGCCGUAUUGCAUAAACGGCUCUGUAUUACUUGUCAGUGACACACUCAUUCCUGGAUGUAGGUUUAUUGGCCUCGACUGUGCCGAUUACAGCGCUUAGCCUUUGCCUCCGAAAUUUAGGGCUAGUAAAUUGGGUUGCUAGAUCAGUCGGUUUAUCCACCGACGUCUCAAAAUGGAGUAUUCUGAAGUCCGGCUGUUAUCCAGAUUGCGGCACUCAAGGCUUAGCGUAAAGCUCCGUUUACGAGCGGAGGCACCUUUGCUUGAUUGGACUAUCUAUGGGAGGCCAGUGAGCCCUUGUGUUAGGAGUAUUGUAAGCCUAUAUUCUGUAGCCCUCAGUAUUGUAAACAGUCCAUAACCCUCUUUUCUACUCUGGGACAUAUUUGCAGUCUGAGUCAUUACUUCUAGGGCUUCGGUUUCCACCGAAGUUUCAAAUUCUAGACUGCAAAAUUUUUUUAGUUCAUUUUGAGCGCAGUCUGUUAUUUGCCUCUUAUCUGCUUUCGCGGCCUCCUGUGUGUUUCAGAAGCCGUCGGAGGAGCCGCCCACCACAUCCGCACCACCACCGGCCUUGCUCUCUCAGUUCCAUCAACCGCC